UCUUCCUCGAACAUGACUCAGUUUCACUUUCCGUUCCGACCUGCCAUCCACCGAGAGGUCACAGCUGGACGGCAGGAAACACACAAGUAGAGAAGUCCUCCCUGGACGGUAUUCCCUCCUUCAGGUCGGGAUUUAUAAACUUUUCCUUCUCCUCCCGUCGCCUGGAGAGGAAGUGGCGGACUGAAUGCGGACGUGACAACGACAACCACGACUCGACCCGAGGGAAAGGUGCAAACAUGACCUCUGGAGUUACGCCGACUGUCAGUUUGGAAGAGGCCGAGGAGCUGGCCCUGUCUCUGGGUGAAGCCCUCAGCAGUGGGGACGGACAGGAAGCGGCCAGGCUGUGUGAGAGACUGGCUCAGCUCUGCGUCCCAGUGUCUGUCAGAGUCAACAGUCAGGCUUACCCCCAGGACCCCAUCAGGCUGCUGGUCGGAGUGGAGGACGCCCAGUCAGAUAACUACAUCCCAGUGACCAUUGUGGUUUCUGCUGACAUGACAAUCGCACAACUUAAAGACAAGAUCAGCCACGACUUCGGGUUCGUCCCCGCGCUGCAGCGCUGGGUGAUCGGGAAGCGGCUGGCUCAAGACCGCGAGACAUUGUACAGCCACGGCAUCCGUAAGAGCGGCGACCAGGCCUUCCUGUUCAUCCUCUCCGCUCAUGCUGCUCAUCUCACGAAGCAGCAGCACAGGCAGGAGCAGGAGCAGCAACGCAUUGAAGGCAUCAUGGAGUCCAUGCAGUCAUUGCAGCUUUUGCCCAGAGGGCUGGGCGAGGGUGGAGACGAGAAGACAGGUCUUCCUCCAGAGUAUCAACUCAUUCCUCCUCCUCUUCCUCCAAAACCGCUGAGAGCUGCCAGACCACCUGUGGCUCCUGAACCUGAGCAUGGCUGGACCUGUGCCAUGUGCACGUACAGGAACAAACCAACGCGACCUGGCUGUGAGAUGUGCGGAGGGGAUCGGCCGGAGGAUUACGAGGUGCCCAACAUCUACGAGCCAGACCAGCAGGAGAUUCUUCGGCUUCAGCAGGAGGAGGUGGCCAUGAUGCAGUACGUACAGGCUCAGCAGGAGGAACGACAGAGAAACUACCUGCACCUCUUGGCAACAGAGGAACAGAACCUGAUCCCCAACACCGACGAGACCGACUGUCCCAUCUGCUUCUCCCACCUGCAGCCAGGAGAGGGCAUCGUGCUCAGAGAGUGUCUGCACACCUUCUGCAGGGAGUGUCUGAAGGGGACAGUAGUGAACAGUCAAGAUGCUGAGGUGUCCUGUCCCGACAACUGUGAGAGCAAGCUGCUGGACCGAGAGAUCAAAGAGUUGCUAACAGAAGAGGAGCACCAGCGGUUUCUGGAGCUGCGCCUGAGCAUCGCGGAAAGCCGCUCAGAGCACAGCUUCCACUGUCAGACCCCCAACUGUCGAGGGUGGUGCAUCUACGAGGACGAAGUCAACGAGUUCCCGUGCGAGCUCUGCAACGAAACCAACUGCAUUCUCUGCAGGGCCAUCCAUAAUGGCAUGAAUUGUAAGGACUACCAGGAUGACCUGCGCGUCCGAGCAGAGAACGACCUCGCGGCUCAGCAGACGAAACAGAUGCUCGAGAGCCUGCUGCAGAACGGGGAGGCCAUGAAGUGUCCACGGUGUGACAUCAUCGUCCAGAAGAAAGACGGCUGCGAUUGGAUCUGCUGUCUGAUGUGCAAGACAGAAAUCUGCUGGGUCACCAAACAAGCUCGCUGGGGCCCAAAUGGCAGGGGCGACACAUCCGGUGGCUGUGGGUGCCGGGUCAACAAUCAGCCAUGUCAUCCCAACUGCCAGAACUGCCACUGAGUCAAACACACUAACAAACAUGCACACAGCUGCAAGCGCUUUAUAGUGUCUGAAGAAGAGCAGACCUCGGCUGAUGCUCAGGCUGUUAGCUUAAUGCUAGCUACAUUCUUGUGUUGCUUUGACCUCUUUUACUCAAAGGUUCAGUGUGUGGUCUUUAGUGACAUCUGUUGGUGUGGUUGCAGGCCGUCUCUCUUCUAAAAACAAAAAGAAAACGUGCCCUAACGUGGUAGAUAUUGAUUUAUUCUAAGGGGGAAAAAAAACACCAUGAUUCUUAGUUUCAGGUGAUGUUAGACCAAUAAAAACAUAAUUAUGUAUUAUAUCUUUCUACCCUUAAAUACUGCACACUGGACCUUUAACUCUAAGCCUUGUUUCAGAUGUGCUGCACACCUCAUUAAAGUUGCCUUAACCAUAGAUGUAAAUGUUAUACAAGAUUGCCAGCUAUGUCUCUUAUAUUUCCACAGCUGACUAUACUGUCAGUGUGAGAAAAUAAGCUUUAUGGGGAUCUGCUGCCAUAAUAAUAUUUGCGAUUCUUUGACCGGUUUGGCCGAUUGCUUCUGCUUCCGUCAUAAUCAGUUUGAUGAGCCAGCAAUGUUCUCAUGUAGAGAUGCACUAAUUGAAAAUCUUCUUGGCAAAUGUUAAUGUUUUUAACUAUUCAAGCAUAAUUGACAGCAUAGACAAACAUUUAUACAUUCCUAAUACUCGGUUGAAUAUUAAAUGGGCCUAACUUGGGUCUGACCUGGUUCACGGGACCUUCUCUCAUUCUCACUUAAACAAAUCUUUAAAUAAAGUGCUCCGUGAUUGGAUAGAAUUGCAUCCAACUGAAAAUGAACUGCAGAAUGUUCCACUUCAUGUUGUGAGCUAUGUUAUGAAUGACUUGUUCAUGAAAUCGUCCACGCAAAUUUGGUUUAAAUUUAAGACCCGAUAAGUAUUUUCGCAGUUUAAACUGGUAUCCAGGACUCUUACUGUGAAAGGUAAAAAAAAUGUAAGGAGUCCACACAGAUAGAUCUGACACAAUGUCGGAUUCGUCCAAUUCCGGUUCCUGCUUUGUUCUAUCAUCUCCAAUAUCCUGCUGACUCGCUCCAACUCACAAGGUCGACGGAACAAAUACAAAUGUCACUAAACUCAGAACAACUCCGUAAAUUCGGAAUUCUUUUUUGUUUGUGUGUAAAGUCUGGCUCCAGCUAAUUAACUAGAGCUUACAAAAAUGUUUGUCUAUGAUUGAUUUGAAGUUUUUUAAAUAUAAUUCAUAAUUUAAUAUAUAAAACAGAAAAAUACUUACAGACAAAUGAGUACAGUCUUCCUAACUAAACUGAGCAGACAUUCUAACAGGUGUUAUUGCCAUUUAUUGCUUCAUACGUGAGUAACAAUGAAUUUAUAUUCGCAAAUUUAUAUUUAGCGAUAGAUUGUAUUUCAGUCAGCUUAUCAGACUGCGGUGAAGGAUUUUGUUUACAUCGAAAUGAAUGUGUUCCCAGCUGCUCUGACGCACUUAUUACCUUUUGAAAUAUCAGGUUAAAAUGUAGCACAGUGGACAAACAAUGAUGCUGUAUUUUUGUAAGGUAUUCAGAAUUUUAUCUGUAUUUCUGAAACGUUCAUUCCUCGAGUGCUGCAGCCACUACUUGUAGCCUUUUGUUAUAUAUAAAAUAUGAUGUUUACAUCUUG